AUGAUCGCCAAGAGCCUUGUCUUCGCUGUGCUAGCGGUUCAUGCUGCUGCUGGGCCAUGUAAGCCUGGUGGACUUUCGUCCAAUACGCUCUCCGCCAGUGAAUCUGCAAGCGAGCCUACAAGUUCUGAAACAAGCGUCUUGGAUUCAGUGACCACAACCACCUCUGAACAAGCCACGACGACGACAGAGGCAGGUACCACCACUACGAGCGCAGCCGUACCCGCUGGCGAGGCCAUUAUCUUCCAGGUGAACCCUCGACGUCGGCUAUCGAAGCGCGAUACAACAUUCGUGGGCAGCAACAAUCCAACCGAAUGCACCUUUGCUUCAGUCUUUCGCCUCGAUGAGGGAAAGCUUCUGGAAAAUGGAGUGCCUAUUUACUAUGCUGGCAGUGGUUUUCAGGAACUUGCUGCUCAGGGCGAACCGCCAGCUGAUUCUGUCACGACAACAUUCUCAAUUGCCGGGGGUCGCCUUUCGUGGACAGAUGCGUCGUUUGGCGAGGCUGGUUUCUGUCAAACCGAGUCUGAUGGGCAGGUGUACAUCACCUUUGGGUCAGAGCCUGUUGGCUGUGAACCUGUGACUCUCACAGCCUACAAAGAGGAACAAUGCCAGAAUGGACAGAUCGUCGGUAUCAAAACGUCCAGUGCCGAGGCAACCACCGCAGCAGAGACUACCGCCUCCUCUGAUGCUGUUCAACCCACCACUUCUUCCGAUGCCUGUGCUGUCGGUAUUGAUGGCUUGAACGGCGAGCCUCCACGAGAGAGCCGCCUGGCUGACUGUUCGAGACUGAACACAGUCACAGUCAGCCCAUACCCCGAAACUUCAACCGUGUUCAAGCGCGAAGUCGCGUUCCGCAUUCCAACAGGAUUCCCAACAUGGCGACCUGCAAUGAACACUCUUGCUGCCCGCGCAGAGGGAGAACCAACAGCCACUACCAUCCAACCAACUGAGGUUCCUGUUUAUGCUACAUACUGCGACUCUCCCGAGGAGUACUACGCAGCUUGCUCUGAGGCUGGAAUCACUGCCUUCACAACUACCCUUCCUACGACGACUACUUCAACUUCGACCACUGUUAGCGAUUGUCCCGCGAAGCGACUCGUGAGGAGAGCUGGUGAGCAUAUGGGAUAUGAGUUUGAGGAUAACUGGGAUGCCCAUAUCAUGCCAGGAUACAAGCUGUUUUAG